AUGGUUCUCGCAAUUGUACUGAUAGCAGCAGUCAUUACAUCUGUGGUGAAAUACCUCUGUGAUCCUUCAGCGAAACACUUAACCUAUAAAAGAAGGUCUAUUUUGCAGUUGAAAGAAAAAAAAACAGAUUUUCGUGUAAUGGUAUGUGUUCACACCCAAGAUGAUGUUCCAAAUAUUAUCAGACUCCUUCAAUCCUGUAAUCCGAAGAAAUUCAACCCCCUCACUGUCUACAUCCUGCAUCUCGUUGAGCUCGUGGGCCGUGCUUCUCCUCUACUUAUUUCCCACCCACAACACAAAAUUGCUUCCUCAUCAAACAUUAGCAAUUCUGAGAGGAUCAUCAAUGCCUUCCAACAAUACGAAGACAGAUACCAUAACCUUGUUACCAUUCGAGCCUUCACCACCAUCUCUCCUUACGCGUCAAUGCACAACGAUAUAUGCACCCUGUCAGUUGACAAGAGGACUGCUCUCAUAAUCUUCCCUUUCUGCAGGCAAGAUGCAAUGAGUCUGAGGGAUGAUUUGGCCAGACCAAAUAUUUCAAAUCGUGCUAUCAAGGACCUUCUUCAAAAUCUGUUGCAAAACUCCCCAUGCUCAGUGGGGAUCUUAAUUGAUUAUAAUAAUUACCAGGCACAGUCUACUAGUUGCUUUUUUCUCGAUAUGCCUUACCGCGUUAUAGUACUCUUUUUUGGUGGCCCAGAUGAUCGGGAAGCAUUGGCUAUUGCGAUGAAUAUGAUUCAUCAUCCAUCAGUCUCCGUUACUCUUGUUAGGUUUUAUGGUCAUAAUAAUAAGAGUUUAUCUUCCGACAAAGUUAUUGACUGUUACAGUGAAUCUAUUGGCAUUGAGAGACAUAAGUUUCUUGAUGAUGAAUUGGUAGAUCAUUUCAGGAUUAACGCAAUGCAUAAUGAAAUAUUGAUGUAUAAAGAAGUAGAGGCGAAAGAUGGCGCGGAAAUAAUAUGGGCAGUCCGAUCAUUUCACGAUGAUUUUGAUCUUAUGGUUGUAGGAAGACAACAAAUUACUAAUUCAAAUCUUAUUACUGGAGUGCUCGAUAUUGUUUAUGAUGCUGAGUGUGAAGAUCUUGGAGCUAUCGAUCGGAGACAUGAUAACAUCUCCUGA